AUGCAAUACCUCAAUAUCUUUAACGGAACUGUUUAUCCACAAGCAUUUCAUAAGCCUAUUAGUACUGAUAUUGAAAGAUUAGUACAGCGCUAUAACACACUUGUUCCACGUCAAUUCCAAUCUCCUCAAGGAAAUUUAGUUGCAAUAUCAGGAUAUCUAGCAAUUCCAAUCAAUAACAUGCCAAUGAAUAUAACGCUUGAUAUUACUCUUGUUCCAAGAUUCCCACAAGACGCUCCAUUUGUUUCAUUAAGAAUGCAGCCCAAUGAAAUUAGACCAUCGCAAGCAGUAGCUCCUACUGGUGUAGUAAAUCUCAUGAUGAUUCAUCAAUGGGUAUUUAAGCAAUCUACCUUAGUUAAACUUGUUGAUGACUUGUACAGAUACUUUUUAGCAAAUCCACCAUUAAAUUCUGCUCCUGCUGGAUACCCAGCACCUUAUGGUAACCAGGGCUAUCCACAACAAGGAUAUCCAAAUCGUCCUCCACAAAAUUAUGGAAAUCCACAACAACAACAGUACCCUCAACAGUAUCCACCACAAUACCAGCAACAUCCACAACAAUAUCAGCAGCCUCAAGCUUACGCUCAGCCACAAGCAGCUCCUGCAGCAAAUCCACAGGAAAUUGAAGCUAAAUUUGCCGAAGAUCAAAAGGCAUACCAAAAGAAAUUAGAUAAACUUAGAAGUCAAUACCAUGAUCACCAAAUGGUAUUCGAUUCUCUUAUUGAAGAAACUCAGAAGUUAGCGAGAAAGCACUUUACAAGCUCAGUUUCACAGAAGCUUAAAUCUUAUCCUCAAAAAUAA